AAACUCUUGAGUUUGAAAUUCCUUGGACUCUACAUAAGUACUUGGUUUUCUCCGAUAACUAGAGACAUCAUUCGGCAUCAUUUCCGACCAAACUACCUUAGUUCUCAUCGUCACACUUAUCUCCAUAAUUGUGUUUGAUUUGAUCCCCUGUCCCUAUAAUCCUAUAAUCCUCAUUAUUCUCAGGCAUUGCUUGGAGAUUGCUGCUAAGUGAUCAGGUGAUUCCAUAGAAUAAUGGGUUCAAGUCGAACAGAUGGCUCCGGCAAGGAGCGGUUGCGUUGGACACAAGAACUACAUGAUCGGUUCGAAAGGGCUGUGAAUCAACUCGGUGGUCCUGAUAGGGCGACCCCUAAGGGUAUCUUGAAAGCUAUGAGCAUUCCUGGGCUCACCAUCUACCAUGUCAAGAGCCACUUGCAGAAAUACAGGAUCUCAAAAUUUAUCCCAGAAUCAAACAACAAAGGCAAGUUCGAGAGGAGAAAUAUAUCAGAACUUCUACCAAAUUUCAGUGCAACGUCAGGUGCUCAACUUAAUGAAGCAUUAAAGAUGCAGAUGGAAGUGCAAAGACGACUCAGUGAUCAACUUGAGGUCCAAAAGAGCUUGAAGAAUAAAAUUGAAGCCCAAGGAAGAUUCCUAGAGAGGAUUGUGCAGGAACAUAGAAACCGAACAGUGAACAUUCAAAAACACAAGCAAUCUUUCUCACCUACAUCACUGCCAUUCCUCUGCGAAUAUUCAGAAUCAAACGCAAAGGAUUUCGAAUCAGACGACGAGGGUGACAGAAGUGAUCAAAUACACUACAAUGAAGACGACGAGUUUCAACCUCUCAAGAGGUUUAGAACUGAAAACGAUGUGUUGCCGUCACGAUACAAACUCGAAGAACUCAACUCGGAUCCUUACAAUAAUCAAACCUCGGAACUCAACUUGUAUCCUUGGAGCAAUAUGUCUUGUUCAUCGCCUCUUGUCCCAAGCUUUUUCUAAAGCUUAGCAUAUUAACUGUUUUGUACUUUUUCCAAAAAAAAAAAAAAAUCUAUGAAUAAAAGAUAUGUAUAAUGAGGUUGUGU